AUGGACGAACGACCGCACAAGGCACAUAGAGCAGCUCAGUCUGGAGCGAAGGCGGAGAAGAAGAGUAAAGCCAAAGGAAAAGAGAAACAGAAAGGUUUCAACGAGAAGGCUUUCGCCCCAAAAUCAGGUCGUCGAGCAGAACGUCAAGGUCGUAGAAAUGUGGAACGCGACCAGACACGUCUCCAUGUUCCCCUCGUCAACCGCACUCCUGACGAUCAACCUCCUCCGGUCAUCGUCGCUAUAGUUGGACCUCCCGGAGUAGGUAAGACUACUCUCCUCAAGAGUCUGGUUCGGAGAUACACCAAACAAACUCUCAACGACGUCAAGGGCCCGGUGACUGUUGUCAGUGGCAAGAACAAACGAUUGACUUUCAUCGAAUGCAAUAAUGACCUCACGUCCAUGAUCGACAUUGGCAAAAUUGCGGACCUUGAAACGUUUGAGUUUCUCAACAUCCUCCAAUCCCACGGAUUCCCCAAAGUCAUCGGGGUCCUCACGCAUCUCGAUCUCAUAAAAAAGGCAGCUACCCUUCGUGCAACCAAGAAGGCCCUGAAAAAGCGUUUCUGGACUGAAAUUUAUCAGGGCGCCAAGCUCUUCUACCUCUCAGGCGUGCUAAAUGGGCGGUAUCCGGAUACCGAGAUCCUCAACCUCUCCCGGUUCAUCAGCGUCAUGAAGUUCCGGCCCCUUGUCUUCCGCAACACACACCCGUACCUGCUCGCCGACCGUAUUGAAGAUCUGACGCCGCGCGAGCUCGUACGAACGACGAAAGGCAAAUGUGACCGGACGGUGACGCUCUACGGAUACCUGCGCGGGACGAAUCUGAGACAUGGGAUGAACGUGCAUAUCCCCGGCGUCGGCGACUUGGGCGUGAAGAGCAUCACGAUGCUGGGCGACCCAUGUCCGCUCCCUACAGCAGAGUCGGAGAAGCGCAGGAAGUUGAGUGAAAAGAAGAAACUGUUAGUGCACGCACCCAUGAGUGAUGUGGGAGGCGUGACGUAUGACAAGGAUGCGGUUUAUAUCAACGUCCCGGGAAGUUUCACCCGGGGUAACACAGACGUUCCUCAGGGUGAAGGCGAGCAAAUGGUGCUGGAUCUUCAGGAUGCGGGAGAGACACUGGAGGACGCAGUCGCCCGGAGUCAGAUUAGGCUCUUUGGUUCAUCGUCGAAACCCAUCGUCGUGAACUCAGGAAACGAUGACGAGGCAUCUGACAGUGAAGGAAGCGAGGUUGAGUAUCAUGACGAGGAAGCAGAAGACGACUUUGGAGAGUACGGGAGCGAUUCCGAAGGUGAUGAUGGCGACGAUAGCUCAGCAAUGGACGAGGAGGGGUGGGAGAGCGAUGGAGACGGAGACGGAGAUGAAGCGGAGGGACAAUCCCAUGACCGAGGGCGUUCCGGUCCUCGAAGAGGCAUGCGUACCAUGCGAGACUUGCCAUCGACGGACCCUAAACGUGGAGACGUGGAGUACGCCGAGAGUGACUCUGAUCUUGGGGACCUUGACGAGGAAGAAGCCGGGAGAAGGAUGUCAUUUGAGGAGGAUGAGGCACUGGAUCAGAAUGAGGAUGAUGAGAGCGACGCGGAACAGGAAGUGCCCCGGUGGAAGGAGAAUUUGGCUUUGAAAGCUUCGGAAGCCUUCGAUUCACGGCGGAAGAGAGCGAAGGACUGGAUGAAGCUCAUAUAUAUGAGUGAACUAUCCCCUGAAGCCAUAUUACGCGACACGUCCUCGAAGGAUUCAGCAGAGAAUCAUGAAGGGGAAGAGGGAGACGAGGAGUUCUUCCACGUCAAGAAGAAGUCGGACCCUCUCGCAGAUGCCGAUGAGGACAUGGACAUGACGAAAGAGCCAGUUGAUCCACAAGAGCUGAAGCAAUGGGAAGACGAGGAGCUUCUCAAUUCGUUGCGUCGAUGUUUCAUCACUGGUGGCGUCCAAGCAGCUGACGACGGGUACGAAGACCUCGAUGGCGAUUUCGAGGACUUAGAGGCUGACGGCGAUGCCGCUUCUGCUGAAGUUGAUGCUCCCGAGGAUCCUGAGGCAGCGAAGGCUGCUGAGCUCGCGGCAAAGAAAGAGGCCCUUAAGCGCAAGUUCGACGAACAGUACGACGACCCCGAGGCAUCGAAGAUGGAUUUCUACGAGGAGAAGAAGGAGGAGAUGGCACGCCAACUGCAACUCAAUAAGGCCGAGUUCGAAGAUGUCGACCCGGAAGCCCGCGCCCUCGUAGAAGGCUAUCGACCUGGUACGUACGUGCGCCUGGAGUUGACGGACGUUCCCUGCGAAAUGAUUGAGAACUUCGACCCUCGGUACCCGAUCAUUGUUGGAGGCCUACUGCCGUCGGAGGUGCGCUUUGGCUUUAUUCAAGUCCGCAUCAAGCGUCAUCGGUGGUAUACCAAGACAUUAAAGACCAAUGACCCGUUGAUCUUUUCGCUCGGAUGGAGGCGAUUCCAGACUGUGCCGAUUUACUCCCUCGACGACCAUUCCAUCCGUAUGCGCAUGCUGAAGUACACUCCUGAGCACAUGCACUGUUACGCGACGUUCUACGGACCCGUAGCAGCUCCUAACACGGGCUUCUGCGCGUUCAAUUCGCUUUCAGGGGAGGUCUCGGGAUUCCGCGUGUCCGCUACAGGUGUUGUCUUGGACAUAGACCGUUCAGUGAAGAUUGUGAAAAAACUGAAGCUGACCGGCGUGCCGUACAAGAUAUUCAAGAACACUGCUUUCGUCAAGGACAUGUUCAAUUCGUCUUUGGAGGUUGCUAAAUUUGAGGGUGCUAACAUCAAGACGGUGUCUGGCAUUCGCGGACAAAUCAAAAAGGCUCUCGCUAAGCCUGAAGGUGCCUUCAGAGCGACCUUCGAGGACAAAGUCCUCAUGAGCGAUAUUGUUUUCCUCCGAGCAUGGUAUUCCAUACAGCCCCGCAAAUUCUAUAAUCCUGUCACGUCCCUGCUGUUGUCGGACAAGUCACGUUGGCAGGGCAUGCGACUCACCGGCGAAGUCCGUCGAGAACAAGGGCUUCACGCCCCAGUCAACGCAGACUCGACCUACAAGCCAGUGCAACGCCCUCCCCGUCGCUUCAAUACGUUGAAGAUUCCUCGUAAACUCCAAGCGAGCUUGCCGUAUGCGUCGAAGCCUAAGCUCAUGAAACCACAGCACAAGCAGACGUAUAUGCAGAAGCGUGCUGUCGUAUUGGAGCCUGAGGAGAAGAAAGCCAUCGCUCUCCUGCAGCAGAUCCGUGCAUUGAGAAAGGACCAAGUUGCUCGACGUCGCGAGAAGCAGCAGGAGAGGAAGGCUGAGCGGAUGAAGAAGAUAGAGAAGGAGGAGAGUAAGAAGCUCGAGAAGGAUAAGGAAAAGAGGAAGGAAAUCAUGCGAGUAGCGGGCAUCAAGAGUAAACGGGAAACGGAAAGGGAGGAGGGCGGUGGGAGCAGGAAACGACGGAAGACAUAG